AUGGCCGUGGCGCUGGAUGCAGUUUGGGUGCGAGUGAAAGGUGUCUGCAAGCAGAACGGCCUGCUCAUCCUCUCAGUGUUGGCCGUGGUUAUCGGAUGUCUGCUCGGCUUCUUCCUGCGCUCCAAAAACCUCUCGGAGCAGGAAGUGAAAUACUUCCAGUUUCCUGGAGAGCUGCUGAUGAGGAUGUUGAAGAUGUUGAUUUUGCCUCUGGUCGUGUCAAGUCUGAUGUCAGGUCUGGCUGCGCUGGAUGCCAAGUGCUCCAGUCGGCUGGGUCUCAUCACCGUCUCUUACUACCUGUGGACCACAUUCCUGGCCGUGGUGGUGGGAAUCGUGAUGGUGUUAAUCAUUCAUCCGGGGGGAAUGGCACAGAAGGAAGACUCUGAGGACAGCGGGAAACCCAUCAUGAGCUCCGCCGAUGCUCUGCUGGAUCUCAUACGAAACAUGUUUCCAGCCAACCUUGUUCAAGCCACUUUUCAACAGUAUCGUACCAACAGUGUGCCCAUAAUGAAGACCCCCAAGACGACAGUGGCCACCAGUCUAACAGAAACCACCACUCGCCGCGCUCUAAUCUACGGGAUUCAGGAUGAUAACGGGACGGACAUCCAGAACUUCCAGCUGGAUCUGACUCCGCCUCCUGAUGUGGUGAUGCGGACGCUUCCAGGCACCAGCGAGGGCAUGAACGUCCUGGGGAUCGUCAUCUUCUCUGCCACAAUGGGCAUAAUGUUGGGGAGGAUGGGUCCUAAUGGCAGUGCUCUGGUCAACUUCUGCCAAAGUCUCAAUGAAGCAGUGCUGAAAAUUGUCGCUAUUGUCAUCUGGUACUUCCCAUUCGGCAUUGUGUUUCUGGUGGCCGGUAAGAUCCUGGAGAUGAGCGACCCGUCUGCGAUGGGGAAGAAGCUGGGCUUUUAUGCCAUCACUGUGGUGAUGGGCCUGAUUCUGCACGGCCUCUUCAUCCUGCCCAGCAUGUACUUCUUCAUCACCAAGAAGAGCCCCAUCGUCUACAUCCGAGGAAUCCUGCAGGCUUUGCUCAUCUCACUGGCCACGUCCUCCAGUUCUGCCACUCUGCCUAUCACCUUCAAGUGCCUGCUGGAGAACAACCACAUCGACCGGCGGAUCAUCCGCUUCGUGCUGCCCGUCGGAGCCACGAUCAACAUGGACGGCACUGCGCUGUAUGAGGCGGUGGCAGCCAUUUUUAUUGCACAGGUCAACAACUACGAGCUUGACUUCGGCCAAAUCAUCACUAUCAGUAUUACAGCUACAGCAGCGAGCAUCGGUGCAGCCGGGAUCCCACAGGCCGGUCUAGUCACCAUGGUAAUAGUGUUGACAUCUGUCGGACUGCCCACUGAUGACAUCACUCUCAUCAUCGCUGUUGAUUGGGCGCUAGACCGAUUCCGCACCAUGGUCAAUGUGAUGGGAGAUGCUCUGGCCACAGGAAUCAUGGCCCAUAUCUGCAGAAAGGACUUCAUUAAAGAGGGAGAUGGGGUCCCUCUCAUCUGCGAAACAAAGCCAAUGACUAACCAGGGUUUGCCGAACUGUCAGCAGAACAACGGUAGUUUCCAGCCCCCACCACCAGGGGGCAAACCUGAGCACAUUCCCCCAGACGUGGCCCGUCUCAUGCAGCUGGAAGAAGGGGUCCGUCCACCACCAGUUGAUCGAAAAAAGCCACCCAUACCUCCUCGGCACCUGAAACACAGAGACAAGGACCAUUGUGCAAUCGACAUGAACGGUCUGGAGACUAAUGUAUAACGUCCACUGAAAUGACGCAGACUGAGAUCAUUCAGACAAACGAACCACUUGCAUGGGAACAGACGACGGGACAUGUAUUACUUCCUUUCCAUUUUUCUCUGACAGGCGACAUAUGGUCUGACCCUGCACAUAUGGGCCACUGCCCCAGUAAUGCCAUUGUUGGCAGCACAUCCCAGUUGACCCAUUCAGUGCGUUAGAUAAUGCCAGGAUGGGAUGAAAAACCAGGUCAGGUCCACAACACCCAGCCUGCCUGCUUCAGUGGGUCAUAACCCAAUGUAUUCAAGGCCUUGAGAGCAAAACUUUUCCUGUAGCAUAAUACAAGACUGUAAAAAAGCAUGAGUGUAAAUACAACAUAGCUAUGUACUCUGUGUUUUUUUAUUUCUCAAGUUUAUAUAUAAUUUUAUAUUUUCUGUCUUGUCUUUUUAAGCAGCCCGUGUUAAAAAAAAAAGAAAAAAAGAGCUUGCAGGUGUGCGUGAAGAUCAGUGUUGAUUAUGAUAUUGAAUGUUUUAUGUUAUUUGAUCUCCUCUCCACGUUCAGUGAGGCCCGUUCUCAUGCCACAUCUGUAAAUCAAAUAUUCAGCAAAUUAUUGCUAUAACUAUAUCAAAACCGCACUGAGUAAACCACUCAAGGUUAAAGGUGCUAACCCGGGGAAACUAAAUAUAGGGUUAUCCCAGACAUAUAUGGACUGUGCAACUAGAAACUAAAUUUGCACAUGUAAUACGUCAUGCACAUUUUGGAAAGUGUGCUAAAUUAGGCCAAAAACAUACUUCGCACAAGUACGAAAACACAACAGAAACAUAAUAUCCCGUUGAAGUCCUCUCCCUUACACCCUCAAUACCAUGUGCUGCAGCAAAAAUGGCUGCUCAGUGCUCCAGGUGUGUGUUUGUUCUCUACUUCUGUGUGUGUGUUUGUGUUUGCACUUGGAUGGGACAAAUUCAGAGUAUGGCCACAUGUUACGUUCACUUAAAUUUAUAACCAACUAGCACCUCUUGUGGAAAUACUGAGAAUGCAAUCCACGCCGGCACAUACUUGUGUAGAGUAUAUUUGAGGCCUGGCUCUGCAGUCAAACGUGCUUGUGGUGGUCACUAAUCUCUGCUGAAGUGCUGGCCACUCUCAUUUGCGCUGAUUACGAAGACCCAUCUCAGUAAAGCUGUGGCACACAGGGCAGUUCAUGGCCGGCUGCUGUCAUCUCUCAGAGCUGAUUAAAGCGCUCAGCUGUACUUACAGCUUUUCUCAUUGACAUAUAUACAGAGUGCUCCAUGUGCUCCUUGUGAUUAACUGAAUUAGGUUUAAAUCCCUCUCUUGAUGUUUGACAUUGAUGCACAGCAGGGAAGCCAUAAUGUCCAGUUUCGCAUUACAUGAGUCAUUUUGGAAUAUAAGUGGCAGCUUGUUACAGAUGGGAAAAAAAACUGCGUCUUAUUUUUCUGAAAAAUAUAUUCAUAAAGUUUUAUGCAUACGAGUGGUUCCCUCCAUUGUCACAGGAAAACGUCUUGUGAGGACAGUAAUGCAAGGGAUCAGCUCUAAUGCACCAUGAAAUAAAGAUGAAAUACUAUAAGAGCAAUACGAUGAACAGUAAAAGUAAGAAAAGCUUUGCAUUUAUACAUUAAUUAUUGCAUUUAUAUAACUGAUGCAUUUAUACUUUGAAGCCAGCUAACAUAGCUGGUUAGCGAGUGUUGUUUUUGGACCCUGGGUAUGACGCACUAAGGAACAUCUGUGAACCAAUAAAUAUCCUCAGAUUAUAUCUGUACUGUAGAUAAUUAAUGAUAGAAGUCUAGGGCCAAUAUUUUGUUAAUACUGUGGAACAUAAUGCAUCAAUAAAGCAUUUUAUACACACUCA